GUGGGAACUUGGUAACUAGGGCUUAGCGGCUGCGGCUUAAGUACGAGUCCAUCUUCCAUGGACCGUGGGUCCGGUAAAAAAAGUCAUCAUCUAUCCCAGGUACUACACGAUGCUGCCAACGGCAAUCUUCACUCGAAACACAGCAAAAUUACGAGCCAUCGUGGGAAUAAACAGUGCCCGAUCGGCAGUAUAGAACCAUAGGCCUUACAAAAUGUAUUGAAUGGAUGUAGCAAUGCGACAUCACUCCAAGACUCGAACUGGAUGCAAGACAUGCAGGCGUCGUAAAAUCAAAUGCGACGAAGAAACUCCCGUUUGUAAUAACUGCACAAAGCGGAAGAUCGAGUGCAUAUGGGAGCAGUCUGGCGAUAAACGCCCCGUGUCACCACCGGUGGGAUCACUAUCGGUGGCGUCAUACUCUCAUGGAACGCCAUCCACGUCAAGUCUGCCUUCCUCCGAAGGCGAUGGCUUGCUCGAUAUUCUUGGACUCGAACUCAUACACCACUACACUAAUAGCACAUGCUACACAUUUUGUCGCGACCAAGCGAGGACAGACAUAUACAGGUCCAAGCUCCCGAUGCUUGCGUUUCAGGACGGCAAUUCAUUUCUCCUCCAUGCCAUCCUGGCCAUUUCGGCUCUACACCUCUAUUCCCUUAACCCGGCAUCCGGCAAAUAUGCGCUGACUGCUAAUACUCAUUGCUCGCAGGCUCUCGCUGGAGUGAAAGCUGUCUGGUCCGAAGACAGCUCCUCCACAGCGGACCCUAACACAGUAUUCCUGACGUACAUGGUGUUGACUAUAUACGGCCACGCUACCAGCACUCCGCCACUCUGUCACGAAACGUCCAAAGUCUGGCUCGGCGUCCUGCGCACUGCAAUAUCGUUCGGACGAAAGUGGUCAUUAGAUUCCGAUAUUUCAGAUGCUUUCGAGUGGACGUUUCUCCCGCAAGGUAUCGACGAGCCCAUCAACCCCGCGGUAGCGUUUCCAAGCUCCCUCACCGCGCUCCCUCUCCCUCUACCUGGAUCCCCAGAUAUUUGGGAAGUGCAGAAUCCUGCGGUAUCCGCGGUGUACCAAGAAUGUGUCUCUUUACUGAGGCUUGCAUGGAAGGCUUCUUACCACCCGCAUUACCAGUCGUACGCCCUCAUGUCGUGGUUCGGGCGAGUACCGAUGGCGUAUUUUAGUUUUCUUUUUGAGAAAAGGCCCCGAGCCUUGCUCCUCAUGACCCAUUUCUGCAUGAUUUCAAAGAGGGUCGACCAGGCAUGGUGGUCGAAGAAGGAUUGGGAUAAGAUUAUUUUGAACUUGACAAAUGAGAUCGGAGUGAAGUGGGAUGCGUUCAUGGAUUGGGAGAUUGAUCAUCGGAGUCAGGCUGGCGCUAAUGCAUUGCGAGAUGAUUUCCCCUCCUCUUGGGUAGGAACUGUGUAGCGCGUAGUGUAUCUUGUACGAUAUGGGGGAAACUAGUUUAGUCACAAAUAAUGUAUUACAGCCAUUUACACCUAGCUUGACACUGGACAGUAC